UUCCGGUACAGCGGGUAUCCUGUGUUCCUUCUAGGACGUGGCGUCAGCGUGUGUGUGUGUCUGUGAGUGAGUGUGUCCUUUUAUAGUUUCAAGGUCUGUGCAGAAUAGACAAGUAACAGGCCCAGCUUAAAUGCCGUUUCGUUUCGUUCGCCAAACGAAAGACUCAUUUCGCGAAGCGACGAACCCCCAUUUUGCGCCAACGAAGGCCUUGGCUAGGUGGCAAGGAGUGUAACAGGCCGGCCAGUCAGCCGGGUGCUGGCGCACCUUUCAAGCGUUCUUCCGCCAUCCAUCAUCGAUUUGCAGAUCUGAGCGGACAGUGCGUACCUGAAUGGAGAAACGGAAACGAACAAUACAAGUACUGGUAAAAAGUGAAAUCUCAACAUCGGUUUGAAGAUUGGUUGUGCAGCAAAACGUAGCGUGUGUGACUGUGUUGUGAAUUGUGCAAAUUAUUGACGUUCGUGUGACCGAACAUGUAUCCACCGAUCUUAGUGUUACUGCUAGCGUUAGUGUCUAUCUCACGCCAAACAUCGGCCCUCGAGCUGCUCGAGGACGAUGGGCGUUAUGAUUACUCUAGUCCUUACGCGAGUGCCGCCGGUUCGUUGCUCGGUUAUGGUGGGCCUACCAUGGAUGAACCGGCCACUGGAUUACCACUCCUCAACGCUGCAGCAUCGGCCCAACCCGUACCCAGUGUACUGCUGGACACGGUCUACUAUCAACAGCCAAAGGAUCAUCAGUCGGACUACGGAGGUAGUUCCUCGAUUGAGAUGAAGACCAGCAUGGAGGAGAGCGUGGAUGAGAAAACCCGUGGUGCAUACGGAGAUGCGUUCAACAGUUCCGAAGCGAUGGACGAUGAUGUUUACCUUACCACCAGCACCAUCGCCGACACGGUCGAGGCUAGCCUUGAGCGGAACGAUAGUGCCGAGCUGCAGCCGCACAUUCGGCAGCAGGCACCGCAACCAUUAGACCACGAGGCACGGGCCAGUGUUGCGCAGGCAUUCGUAAGCGACCAUCAUCCUAUUGACCAGGCAGCACGAGAUGAACCACUUGGUGGUGGUGCGAGUCGUGCGCUGGACCACCGGCAUCAUCAUCACGAAACGCCGUCCGAAGAGACAACAAACUUGCUUUACACUCGCACUGACACUAGCACCGGCAAUGGUGCCAACAAUGAUAGUGCCGAGCCUCCGAAUAGUAGUGUUGGUGGUGGCAGUGGCAUCGCAAGCCGGUUCGAUUCCACCGAGACCAAUGAUGGAGAAAAUAGUGUGGAAGAAUCGCAGGAAGAGGACGUGCUGGUAACAACGACCGCCAUUCCUUCCUCCUUUUCUUCCGGUACCAGUGCGGGCUCGGAUAUUGAUUCGCCACCAGUGGUCUCGGCGGGAGGUGCGCAUAUUCCGACCAAAGCUCCGUCAUAUCCAGCGAUCGAUGAGAGCAAAAUCUCCAAAACCGAGCUUUUAUCGCGGCUCAUCGUCGAUAAAAACCUGCGAUGGCCGAUCGCCUUUCUCGUCGAUGCGUCCAACGAUUCGCUCGUCUUCACGAAGAAAGUGCUCGACGCAUCGCUCGUCCCCAAGUCCCCGAUGGAUGCCAUCUUGCUGCGCUACAAUGGCACCGGAAUCUCUAAAUCGAUCGCAUUCCGCAACACGAAAAGCCUCAUGGAAGCGAUCAACCAGCUGCAGCCAAGCUAUGAUCGAGGCGGUAGCGAAUACUACGGUAUCUUGCGCACAUCACAGGAGGUACCGUACGAUAGUGCCAUCUUCCUGGCAACGAGCAAAUCCACAACCGACCCGCAGCUUUCCCGAAUGACCGCUCUCACCUUGCUGAAGAAGCGAAUCCGGCUAUACAUCCUCUGGUUCGGCGAUGAAAUGGAUACAAGUCAACGGUUGGACAAUCAAACUGGACUGCACGAGCUGGCGUACAAGACCGGAGGUCGCGUGAUACAGUUUGAGAUCGAUCGGGAUUUUGGCAGCAAUCCACUCUUGACAUCCCUAGUGUCCGAGCACGAUCUGCAUGGAGCACAGACGAUACCGAUCGGCGUAGAUGAAACCGUACACAGUUUAUACUUCAAGCUGCACGGUCACCUGGAACAGGCGACCCUGGAAACACCCCAUGGUUUGAAGGUGAUUGAUUUACUGGCAGAAGCUCACCACGGAUUGUUCUCCAACUACGACCAGCAUCACGAUCAACUUAGCAGCGAUGCGGAACCUCAACAUAAAGCUCAACAGAAAGAUCGCACCCGGUCGCAUUCGCCUGAUCUUGGUCUACUUUAUCUGUACCAGCUAAACACAACGCUCCCGGGUGUCUAUCGACUAAACGUUUCUUCGUCGACCGCUUACAGUGUCAGCAUCAAAUCAGCACAAGCCUUCUGGUCCGGGAUCGACGUAUAUGAAGCGGACCACCCCUCCGAAGCUGAUGAGCAUCACCAACAACGAUGGGAACAUCAAGAGGUAGAACUACUGAGCAACAGUCUAGGAGGUGGAGAGGGAGAACCACAAUUCGGUCGCAGCACCGCACCAGGAAGAUCGAAGCUGCCACGUGCAAGUGGCAACGAUGAAGGAGCAUUGGAGGAGCAUCGCUUCGCACGCCAAACAGAGCUUACUGAUGAGGAUUCCGGCAUCAUCAGUGGUCGUGCAUCGAUCCAAGCCAUCACCAAGGUCGAUGUCGGCGUCAAUUCUCAGCUGAUCGGCUCACGGGGCCAAACGCUGCAGUUAUACUUCGAGGUGACCAACUAUCGCCAAACUCCCAUCACGUACUUCUUCCGUGUAACAGACGAGCUGUCGUUCCUACGGACCCUGAACCCUGGCCAAGCCACGCUAAGUCCCGGUCAGUCGUUGAAUGUGAUCGUAACACUCGUGAUUGCACCGACGGCCGAGAUCGGAAGCCGUGACAAGGUCACCUUCUCGACGACAGGCGUAGAUCAGGUAUCGCAAGCCGCCUGGGUAACCGUUUCCGAUUCGGCAGGAUUGGCCGAUACGACACGGCCCUACCUCUGGUAUACGUACUCCAGCCGGUGCGAGGGACGCUCAACACCGGCCACCUGUACGGGGGCAUUCUGGACGCUCGAGAUAACGGCACGUGACUACGAAACCGGUCUGAUGCGUAUCUCAUCCAGUCCAGCCGGAUUGCUCUACAAAACUCCCUUCACGGCCGGUACCCGAGAUGAGGUGCGGGCUAGCUAUACCGCUUCCUGUUGUCAACCGCGGGUCACCGUUACAGCGUACGAUGUGAGCCGAAACGUGCGCAGCCUCAGCCUGGAUGUGACCGAUAUCUGGCUGAACGAGGCCGGCAUUGCGGCGGUCGUACUCGGUGUGCUGCUCUUCAUUGCGCUCAUCAUUCUGCUGGUACUGUUCAUACGAUACUGCAUCCGAAAGCGGCGGCAAUCGAAGGAACUUCCGAUCUACCGUGGCGGUGGCCCGGACAGCCGUGGCACUACCAGACGCACCAAAUGAGCACCAAAUGAGAUGGGAGUGUCGGAGUUUAUCGGAGUGACGUGACUUCUGAUAACGCAUUCAUAACUGUUAGAAGGCCCCUGGCCCCUUCACAUGAUUUCAUUAACUUGUUAUGCGCUUCCUCGCCUCCUAGACUCUAUUGCAGAUGGAGUAAGUUAAGGUUACAAACCAUACGAUACGAUAAGUUCUUCCAUAUGUUUCUGUGUUGCAGAAAAGAAAUAAAUGUUUUUAAAGAAAUUCCCUUCUCCAGGCGUGGCCCCGGAUGGUCGCCUCGCCACAAAUU